AUGGAUGGAGAAUGCACUGAGGGUCCCCGAAGCGUCCGUGGUCAGCUUGCGAGUCUGUACAUGUCUUACGCUGUCGAUAUUUUGUCAGACUUCAUGAUCAUGUUGCUCCCGAUCCGGCUGGUCUGGAACCUUCAAAUGGCACGCGCGCAGAAGAUAGCUGUCGUCGCACUCUUCUCGUCGGGCUUUGUAGUUGUUACUUUCGCUACUCUACGAGUUGUACAGGUCGGCAUCAAGACCGGAAACAGCACAUCACCCAGUCCAACCUGGCUCGCUUUCUGGACGAUUAUUGAGUCGGCUGUAGCUAUCUGUAUCGGCUGCUGUCCUGCCUUCGCCGUCUUCUACCGAAACACCCACACGCCUCACGUCUCCUACGACACAAGCGGGUACGUUCGACACAACCAGAGUCGGUCUGGAGCAGACCCGAACUAUCCAGAUGCAAUCAAGAUGAAUGCCGUCGCUGUUAGCAGUAGCAGAAAAAAGGUUCCUAGGCGCGACAUAUACUGGGACGACACGCGGAGCAGCCAAGAAGAGCUUGCGGCGGACAACAAGAACAUCAUGGUCACAACAACGUUACAGCAAGACAAUAGUCGCUCUGAUUUGGAAAAAUGA